UAAAAGUUAAACUGGUAGGAAGAGAAUUUAGAAAAAGUCAAUUCGACAGGAGAACUGCCGGAGUAUUCACACGUUAUUUUUAAGAUUUAAAAUGGAUUCGAAAUCUGUACUUGUGGUUUGCCUGGUUGUAUUACUGGAACUGCAUCAAGGCAAUGCAGCAUGGCAAAACUUCCUGGGACAAUAUUACAAGUUCAUAGCGCAGCCAAAGACAUGGUCCGACAGUAAUGCCUACUGCCAGUCCCAAUACGGCGCCAAGUUAGCCGAACCAGACGACAAAAUCAAGCAGUUCUGGAUGGGGCAGACGAUCAAUCAUAUUUACACAUCAAAUUCCCACCUAAACUGGUGGGUAGGCAUCACGGAUAUGGGACAGGAGGGACACUUCCGUACCGGCAGUGGGAAGCAGGUCACUGUUUCUGCUGCUGGACGUGGAGAUUGCGUUCACAUUGUAACCAACCCAGUGUCCUUGACCGACGCCAAUUGCGCUCUUGCGCAGCCUUUCAUCUGUGAAUCCUCUUCAAUCCCGACAACUCCUUCAGCCUGCACCGAUGCUAUUCCGAACUGUGCAGCUUACGGCGCCAGUGUCUGCACGGAGUACGCCGGCUGGGCAGGGAAAAACUGCCCGGCUUUCUGCCAACGCUGUCAACCUGCUACAACUACAACCACCACGACUACGACAACUAGCCCCCCACUCUGCGUAGACAGUAUUUCCAACUGUGCGGACUACGGUGCUUCUGUGUGCACUGAAUAUGCAGGGUGGUCUCAAACCAACUGCAAAGCUUUCUGCGGACUUUGUCCCGCACCGGCGUGCAAGGAUACUUUAUCCAAUUGUAACGAGUACGGAAGUCCCGACUACGCGUGCGCGUACAAAACCUGGGCAAAAAAUAACUGCGCCAAGUACUGUGGUCUUUGUCCCUAGAUUAUCACACGGUGUGGUGUGGUGUAUAAUGAAAUUUUAUAGACAUUUCUUAGUGAUAUACGCAUUGUGCAGAAAAUCCUGGAACUUUACUGCGGUUGAUUUUUGAGCGAUAAAGCGCACUCCUUUCAUUAAAAAUCUUUUGACAAAUGCAACUGUUAAUUAAAUAGUUAAGUGUACGACUGGUAUACUUUUCAGACCUGAGCUGUAUUUCUUUCAGUUGAUAAACUUCUUUUUCGACAAGUUGUUCCUUUGAGAUAUAGGCCUAACUCUUUAAGAACGUGAAAAAUAAUUUUUGGAAAUAAACAAUUAAGCUACAUUGUACUAUCUAUUACGUGUAAAACAAAUCACUUUGACUGUACACCUGUAGGCUAUGUCAUACAACAUUCGAAAAUGUGAUUAUGUAACUUUGUGACGAAUCGUGUCUGUUCCGUAUGGUCACUGUUUUUAAUGCGUCGUCGCAUCGGUGUAAACAAUAGCAUCUUAGUGAGACAUUGCAUGUAAAUUAGCGGCUAUUCAGAAAUAAUUCGUGUAUAAUUCAGUCGCAAAUCUUCGUGAGUUAUGUUUAUUGUAUAAAUUAGGUCAUUGUAUGGAGUGUAUAUUUGACUAGCACGAUGAUAUGUUACCUUACCAAUGUAUAUAUCAUAUAAUGUGUGCUGAAUAAAAUG